AUUGGAUGAAGUCGCGAAAUAACUACAUUCACCAACAGGUCCAAAUGAAACCUACCAGCUCCAGCUCGGCCUUUUCUUCUUAAUAACUAAACCCUUUCUCAACAAUCACUGCGAUUUCUCUACCAAUCUUCCACCCAUGGCUUCUAAUGGAGCUCCUCUGGGAGAUGCAGAUACAAAGACAAGUUUAGAGAAGAUCAAACGGCAAUUGGCUUCUGGUUCUGGCCGGAAUUUACUACAGGGCCCACUUCUCAAACGAUCUGAGACUCUGAGGAAGUGGAACGAGAGAUGGGUGAUAUUGGAUCCAACAACUGGAAAAAUGGAAUACAAGGCCAGGAGGAAUGAGCCAACAAUCAAGGGUACCAUAUUAUUCGAUGCCAAUAGCACAAUAGCAUUAUCUCCUGUAAACUUCCAUGGACUGCCAAAAUAUGAUAGCUGCUGUUUCUAUAUUGGCACUCCACAGAAGAAGGACUACUUCCUAUGUGCAGAAACCCCCGGUGCAGCUAAGGCUUGGGUAUCUACCUUGCAUGCAACACAGCUUGUCUUAAAGGCUCACAAAGAGGCUGUGAACUCGUUAAGUGGAAAUGGGUCGACAAAAUUGGGAACAGUGGCCACUGUAGUUGCCGCAGCUAAUUCAACUGCUCUUGAAGCUUCCAAGGAAGUUGAAGCAGCAAUGCAGAUUGCAAUGAGAACUGCUUUAGGAGCAAUGAUGAACAGGACACCUGAUGGUCCAAUGGAUGACCUGACAAUAAUGAAGGAGACACUGAGAGUUAAGGAUGAAGAGUUGCAAAAUCUGGCCAGGGAAGUACGUGCAAGGGACUCGACAAUAAAAGAGUUAGCAGAUAAACUAUCUGAAACUGCUGAAGCCGCAGAGGCUGCAGCAUCUGCAGCUCAAACUAUGAAUGAGCAACGGAAAAUUGCUUGUGCUGAGGUUGUGCGCUUAAAGGGAGAUUCAGAAAAGCAAUUGGAAUCUUCAAAGUCCAAGCUGAGGGAGUUCGAAGAGAAGUUUAUGACCCUGAGCAAGGAAAUGGAUCAACUGAUAAAGCAGAGAGACUCGGCUAUUCAAGAAGCACAUUUAUGGCGUUCCGAGCUUGCAAAAGCUAGAGAACAGGCAGUAAUAUUGGAAGGGGCAGCUGUUCGGGCAGAAGAAAGGGUCAGAGUAACAGAGGCUGAUGCAGAGGCUAGAAUAAAAGAAGCUGCACAAAGAGAGGCUGCUAGUGCAAAGGAGAAGCAAGAACUGCUGGCAUAUGUGAAUAUGUUGCAAGCACAAUUAACAAG